AUGGCCGAGACGAUGGUUUCUACCGUUCGCUCGCCUCUCUCCGAGGCUUCGAACCGCAUCAACUCUUCCUAUCACGCCCAAGAGUCCCACCGCUACAAGCCUCGUUACGAUCAAUCCGAGGCAAACAAUGCUCCUCGCUCAGGCUACAGUCAUCCUGCCGCCUACUUUUCUGGUCGGCCACCUCCACCACAGGCCCAGGCUCAGGCUCAGACUCAGACUCAGCGUAACGGCCCAACCACAAAGGCUCCGGAAACCCUCAAACCUCCCCAAGAUAUGGAAGAUCAGCGACGACACUCAGCAGCAUCCUACGACUCUUCAGGCAGCGGCCGUAGCAAAAAGAACUACAAGACACAUAUCGGCCCGUGGCAGUUGGGCAAGACGCUGGGAAAGGGGUCAUCUGCACGUGUACGACUCUGCCGCCAUACUGUCACCAACCAGCUAGCUGCCGUCAAGAUUGUCAACCGUCGCAUGGCCUACCUCGUCCAAGACAGCAGCUUAGCAGCCCUAAGCAAGUGGGACAGCAGUCUUCCCGAUCAGAUCGACGGCGAGAUGCGUGUUCCUAUGGCUAUUGAGCGCGAGGUGGCCAUCCUCAAGCUCAUCGAACACCCCAACAUCAUGAAGCUCUACGACAUCUGGGAAAACCGUUCAGAAGUGUAUCUCAUCCUAGAGUACAUCGACCAAGGAGAUUUAUUCACCUUUAUCAACCUGAAGGGAAGAUUGAGUGAAGAGGUUUCGGUCUACUUCUUUCGCCAGAUGAUCAGCGCCAUCUCGUACUGCCACUCGUUCAACAUCUGCCAUCGAGACCUUAAGCCCGAGAACAUUUUGAUCAGUGCCGACCUCCAGAUCAAGAUUGCAGAUUUCGGCAUGGCUGCCCUCCACCAAACCGACACCCACCAACUCGCCACGGCUUGUGGUAGCCCUCACUACGCAGCACCCGAACUCCUCAAGAACAGACAGUACCGUGGAGAUAGGGCAGACAUUUGGAGCAUGGGCGUCAUUCUCUAUGCCAUGCUCUCUGCCACCCUCCCCUUUGACGAUCCCGACCUUCGCGUCAUGAUGAACAGGACGAAAAAGGGACAGUAUGAGAUGCCGGGUUUCUUGAGUCCCGAGGCAGAGGACCUCAUCCGGUGUAUGCUGCAGGUCAACCCUGACCGACGCAUCACCCUCAAGGAAAUUUGGCGUCACCCUUUGGUUCAGAAGUAUGCAUAUCUCGAUAAACUCGGAGACCUCAACGAACAGUUGCCCGACACACGUAAAGGGUUCCAGUACAACCCGGUACCAGCCAAGGAUGUGGAUUCCCAGCUCCUCCGCCAGCUGCGAUCCAUGUGGCACAUGUUCAGUGAGAGCGAUCUCAAGCUGAAGUUGACAUGCGAUGAACCUAAUGAUCAGAAAGCCUUCUACUGGUUGCUGCACAACUACCGAGAGAAGCAACUGGAAGACUUCAAGCCCGAGUUGGCUCAUUCCAUGAGUGACUACCACCACAUGAAGCCCAGCGUAUGGAAGAAGCGUGUGUCCACCCGCCAAUUUUCUCAGCCGCGCAGCAAUGGUCACGGGCGUUCCAUAUCGCGGUUCACCGUCAUCUCGAAUGCCGCCGAACCAGAGUCUGGAGCCGGUUAUGGGCCACCUCAAGAGGGUGCUGUGCUACACUCCAGUCAGUCAAGGACCAGCAUCCACCGGCAUUCUCAGACAGGUUCCUACGCCAGCCAGGCCUCGAGGCUUCGAAGUGGUUCAAGUGCACGUCGUGGGCGGAUGGCUUCGGCCCGGAACUCCACUACAGGUCGUCUUCAGUCUUCCCGGGGCUCAAUGUCGUCUCUCCACAGCAGCCGACAGGGAACUCCCAUCUCACGCAGCCUGCGACACAAACGAGGUGUCGACUUUACCCAUGUGCGAAAGCGGUCGACCUCGACCACCAGGAACCGUAACGUCGCCACGCCGCCAUACGUGACUGAGCAAGGAUCGACCUACCAACUAGAGAUGGUUCGAUCACAGACGCCAGAAGUUCCAAGCCUGCCCAGUGGCAUGUUACCCAAGCCGACACGCCAGCCAGAUCCUGAAGCCACCCCUCGGGCUAGUAUUGAGGCCGCAAUUGGAUCGAGAUAUGCGUCAGAGAUCUUCAAGGAAGAGCUGCGGCAUUUCAGUAGCAACAUUGCCAAAGAUUGCGAUGAGGCUUUCAAGAGUUCACUCAUCGAAGAGGACUCCAUCGCCGGUUCUCUCACUGAGCCAGACCGGACUCACUACGAGUCGACACCAUUCUCAUUGACGAUCGAGACUCCAGCUGACUCAAUCACGGAGCUGGACGAUGUGAACAAGUCUUACAGUACUCGCCCGCUACCCCCUCUGCCCUCCCCGAUGGACGAAUACGAUGGCAGUUCGCUAGCACCAACGCCCAUGGGAUCUCGCCCGACUACAGGGGACUCGCACCUUGAGGAGCUGCGAGCAGACCAAGUCAAGGUGGCACAACCAGUCGUGCUUACCAGACAUGCCGAGCGACGGGUUGUCUCAGCACCGACUUACUCUCAGAGACACAAGAAGUCGGCCGGUCUGCCAUCAAUCAACGAGGCUGGGGCUUCCAAUGACAAAGCUCGUAUCGUGUCAGCGCCUCCACACACUCCAACCAGGAACGGAGGCCAUAAGAAUCGCGGCAUGGAAUACCUGAGCAGAGUCGAAAAUAGCAUCCGUGUCGUGCACUCGCCAAGCGAGCAGAGCCCCGUCAAGAUUCCCGAGCCGCUCAACGUGCGGAAAAAGAAGACGCCUGAGGAAGGACAAGAACAAUAUCAAGCCCUCAACCAGAACCACGGUGGAGAACUUACUGCUCCACACAGCUCGGGGAGCGAUGGCCCAGCAACGACAACGCUUCUGGAGCCCUCGUCGUACGAUGUCCAAGUGGUGAUGAAGAAGAAGAAGUCGUCUUGGUUCAAGAGGUCUUCCAAAGUCGGGUCAGAACAUAGCCGGGAGUCAGCGGAAUGGCAGGAUUGCAACUCGUACAUGACCACUAGCGACGGCAAACGAAGCGAUUCAACCUCGACUGAAGCUCCUACCAAGAAGAAGACAUUCAGCUUCACCUUCUGGAAGAGCAAUAAACAGAGAGACUCAAUCAUGUCUAUCGGUGGACCCGAUGACAAAGAACCCUCAACUACGGAUGUACUUGCCGUGAGCAAUGAAAUCAACCAGUUCAAGGCACCUCAGCCCAAAUGGCACGAAUCCGGCUCUGGACCGGUGCGGAAUAUCGAGGUGAAGCAGAAUUGGCUGGCACGACUAUUCAGAGUCAAGCCAGCCACGAGCCACCUUUGCAUGGCCAUCUCGAGAAAGCGAGCACGACAAGAGGUUACUAUCCUCCUGCGGGAGUGGCGCAAGUAUGGUAUUCGAGGCAUCCAGGUGGACAAGCAACGAAACAUUGUCUUUGCACGGGUUGCGGCUAAGAACUAUCUCAACCUCAAGGAAGUGUCAUUCGCUGCCGAGGUGAUGAUGGUAAUUGAGCACGGUAAGAAGCAACCGCUCAGCAUCAUCCGAUUUACCCAAGAGCGAGGAGCGGCCAGCAGCUUCCACAGGGUUGUGGACACUAUGGGACUGAUCUUUGAGACUCGGGGCCUGCUUGUUGCGGACAGGAACAAGCAAAAGAUGAUGAUCAAGACGCUCAACUCAGGAAGUUAG